AUGAUACAAACUAAAAAGCGAACGUUGUCUUCGUCAGUAAAGAACGAUUCAGUGACCGGUGCAAACAAACCAACGAAAAAGUUCAAGAAACAGGAUGACACCAAGGCGGCUCUUCGAAAGCCGGCAGCGUUUCAGAAAAAGAUCACACCGAAAGGCAAACCUAUUGAACAGCCAGUGAAAAAACCGUUCGUUGCCAAUACACCGGAAUCGAAAAAGGAGUACUGGAAUGGACUAAAAGCGAAGCAGAAAGAGCUGCGUCAACAGCGUCGCCAAAAUAGAUCGAAAGAGUUGUACGAGUUGAGCGUGGCUUCGAAGAAGAUCUACGAGAAGCUGAAGCGCAAAACUGCCGAAAAUAAGGAUGAUCUCGUCCAGAAGCUGCACGAUCUGCUUGGAAAGGAGAAUGCGUAUGCAAAGAUAGCAACUUCGCACGACACUGCUCGUGUUAUCCAGUGCAUGAUCAAGAAUGCGUCCGAAAGCUUGUGCGAGGAGAUUGCAGUUAGACUUUUGCCAACAGUCUACGAGCUAGCAACGUCGAAGUAUGGUCGUCACUGCAUAACGAGCCUAUUUAAGCACGGAUCGAAGCAGCUGUGGCACCGUGCCGUCGAUGCGAUUCUCAAGAAUGUAGUUAAGAUGGUAAAUCAUGCGUUCUCCGGUGCAAUUGUCGAUGCCGCGUAUAACGAGUAUGCAACGAACGAGCAGCGUACAUUCAUGCGACAAGCAUUCUACUCCGAGCUGUACCUGAUCGAGAAGGACAGCAAAAUUCAAACGAUGAAGGACUGCUGGAAGACCAAUGGGUACAUGAAAAAGAACGUACUGACCACUGUGAAGGGCCACCUGGUACAGGCCGCUAAUAAGAAGCUGACUGACAAUAGUUUGAUUCACGCUCUGCUGGCUGAGUUCUUGCCAGAGGCUGGGCAGGUAGAAAAAACGGAGGUGAUCGAGUUGUACUUGCCUCUUCUGGCGUCGAUCUCGAGUACGAAAGAUGGAACGGAAUCGGCCAUCUAUUGUUUCGUAAACUCCGUGGCAAAGGAGCGACGGGCGGCCUUGAAAGCGUUAAAAACGUACAUCGAAAAGCUUUCCAUCCAUGAGCACGGCCACCGGCUAAUAAUGUGCAUUCUGAACUGUUACGACGACACAGUCGGUCUCGGUAAACAGGUUGUCGGUCCGAUUAUAAAGCAAAUCGAUCCCAUUGUCGGCAGCGGUGAGUGGGGAAGGAAAGUGGUCGGUUGGAUAUUUUCUCCCGCCGAUACGCAACUACUACACCCGGCACAGAUUGAACUGUUGGACAGCUAUCUGGAGCAUAGCAAAAAAGACAAAGACGUUCGGCGAAAAGAGGUGUUUGCAUCGGCGGCCGAAAGUUUCUGCGCUCAGGUUGAAAAGAAUGCCAGUUUUUGGUUGCGCGGUGGCCACACGGCUCUGCUUACUGCCGCCAUUUUGAAGAAUUUUGGAGGAGAGCAGCUUGCGCGUUUGCAUCGGGCGUUGGCGAAGGUAAUUUGCGAUCCUGAGUGGCAAGUGCACCAGCAGGAAAUCAAUCUGGACGGAUCCAUACUUGCAGUGGAGGCAGACAAAAAACCACCGAAAGAAAACGGAAAACCCGUUGAGCGUAAGAUUAAAAAAGUUAAAAAAAGUCCGUUUGAGGAAGAGAAAGCUGCAUCUCGCGAAAAACUGCUGUCCACCAACCCGCUGGUGAAUGGCAUAGAGCAUCCCGGUGUACAUAUUGCUCUUAAGAAGCUCAUUAAACAGGACCGGGAAAAGCGCGAAGAGAACCCCGAUUCUGAUGAUGUUCCACAGUUCGGCUAUGCUGUUAUCGAAGAAUUAUCUAAGGAGCAGCUGAAGGUGUGGAUUGGCCAAAAUCGUCCUUGUUUUUUGCUACUGCUUGUAUUUGAAAACGCAACGCAAACUGUGCAGCAAUUGCUGAAACAAAAACUGCUAUCCUUGAAAAAGGAGCUGAAGACGCAAAAGCACACUGGAGGAAAACUGUUGACCGAGAAAUUGAAGCUGUAAUAACUUUUGAGUUGA